AGAAGAGAAUAGGAGAGAGAUAGAGAGAUAGAGAGAGAGAGAGAGAGAGAGAGAGAGAGAGAGAGAGGUAAAACAGAAAAAAAGGAGGAGAACGGGAGAAGGUGCUGACAUUUGAGUGGAUGCACCUCAUUUUAAUGUGACAGAAGCACAUCUACCUGCAAAAAUACAGCAUAUAGUUUUCAGAGUGCUUCCAUGGUGAUGAUAUACGUGUCUGGUGCUGAAAUGGCCGAAAACUUAAUGGUGCGCUAAUUCAACACCAUGGCCCUGGAGGCUCUGUGGAGAUACCCACAAUCCUCAGCUCCCUGAUUUAUACUGACAGCGUCUCAGGCUCAAGGAGAAAACGUGUCCAAGCUAUGAUGUCAGUCUGCGUGCCCUCACCACGUAACUCCUCUCCCACUGUGGAUGUAGCCAAUCGCAACGGGUCCCAGGCAACUCCACCCACUUCCCUCAGCCUGCGUUCCUCACACAAUGAACUGCUUAGUGGUGAUGUCAUCAAGCAGGGUCAGGCCACGCCCCCUAAGUGUCGGAAGAAGUAUGCACUCACGAGCAUUCAGAGCGCGAUGGGACUCGGUGAAGGCAUGACGCCACCGUCAUCUUCUUCAGCAUCUACUGCCAAUCCAAAACUGGCCAAAAAUGGUGCGAAUCAGUUACGUAAAGCUGCGGAACGACAGGAUCACAACAAGAACACCUCCAAAGAAGACGAAGAUGGAAACACAGCUGCUGAAUCAGAGCUCAACGGUGAUGAUGAAUUAAAUGUUGAAUUAAGCUUUGAUAGUGAGUCUAACAUUGACUUUGAUCUCAAUAACGAGCUUGUUAACGAGGAUGUAAAUGAGUUGGUUAAUGAUGACACUAUUGAGGAGGGCCAUGUUCAGUCUAUGGAGAAUUGUGAUGACCUGCUCAUUCUGCCUGAGAAAACUGAGAUUGUCUCAGACAUGAAGUCCCCCGAGCACCUUAAGACCAAGAGUUACCUGCAGUCAUGCCUUAAUGACCUGUCAUACGACCGACCUGAUACGCAGGAUGAUGAUGUCACAAAGCCUUUGCUGGAAAAAGAAAAGAAUCCCUGUCCCACGUCUCCAAGGAAACAGCAGAGCCCCGAAGACACACCCCUACUGUCUGUCGGCUCUUCAUCUUCUUCUUCCUCCCCAGAGACGAAAAAAGACAGACCACGGACGGGAGCCAAGACGGAUCGUGCACUAAACCGUAUCCAGAACCUGCCACACAGCGACGAGGAGUCCAGCUGGACCACAUUGUCUCAGGACAGUGCAUCGCUGGGCUCACCAGAGGAUAGCGAUAUCUGGGGGGAGCAGUCAUUUCAGACAGACCCUGAUUUGCCUCCAGGAUGGAAGAUGAUGACAGACAUGGCUGGUAUUUAUUACUGGCACAUUCCAACAGGCACCACACAGUGGCAGAGACCCAUCCCAUGCCAUCCGGUGCCAACCGGACCCAAACAUGCCAGCCGUAAACACUCCCUGGGCUCCUUAUCACCCUCUCCCACCCCGGAUCAUGAGUCAAUGUCUCAUGCCGAUGUGUUUUUUGGAGCAUCGAGUCAUUCAGGCAGCACCACUUCUGAGAGCUCCUCUGACCCUGCCCCCGUCCCGUCCUCUUCAUGUCUUGAACCCAUCCCCAUCCUCUCCUCAAACUCUUCUGUAUCCUCUGACAGCAAUGUUCCUUCCUGUGGAUUUGUCAACAGCUGCUACUUUCCUCGUUCUUCAUCCCUACAGAUAAUGCCAGGGAAGGACAGACACUCUGAGAUGCGCCAUCGGGAAGAGGACAAGAAACAGCCAUGGAGUGAUUUUGCAGUGGGAAAGAUUGAUAGUGAGAUCUGGAAGGAUCUACAAGCGGCAACAGUGAACCCUGACCCCAGUCUAAAGGAAUUUGAAGGAGCAACUCUCCGCUAUGCCUCCCUCAAGCUACGAAACCCUGCUCCCAUUGAAGAGGAAGAUUCCAGUAGUAUUAACAGUGACCCUGAAGCCAAGUGUUAUGCCGUGCGCUCUCUGGGCUGGGUAGAGAUGGCUGAAGAGGACUUGGCUCCUGGUAAAAGCAGCGUCGCUGUUAACAACUGUAUCCGUCAACUGUCCUAUUGCAAGAAUGACAUCCGAGACACCGUGGGCAUUUGGGGAGAGGGGAAGGAUAUGUACCUCAUUCUAGAGAACAACAUGCUGAAUCUGGUCGACCCUAUGGAUCGCAGUGUUUUACACUCUCAGUCAAUCACAAGCAUUCGUGUAUGGGGCGUUGGCCGUGAUAAUGGAAGGGAUUUUGCGUAUGUAGCACGAGAUAAGGACACUCGGAUAUUAAAAUGUCAUGUGUUCCGCUGUGACACCCCUGCCAAAGCCAUCGCUACCAGUCUGCACGAGAUCUGUUCAAGGAUUAUGGCAGAGCGCAAGAAUGCCAAAGCUAUGGCUGGAGGAUCCCUACAGGACAGGACACACGCUGGGCUUGAUGUCCCACUACAAGCAGAGUUCCCCACACCAAAGACUGAAUUGGUGCAGAAAUUCCAGGUGUUAUAUGUUGGCAUGAUGCCAGUUGCUAGACCUUUAGGCAUGGACAUUCUCAAUGGUGCAAUAGAUAGUUUGAUAACAUCAUCAACCCGAGAAGACUGGAUGCCUGUGAUGCUGAAUGUAGCUGAUGCAACAGUCACAGUCAUCAAAGAGAAGGAGGAAGAGGAGGUCCUAGUGGAGUGUCGUGUACGUUUCCUGUCAUUCAUGGGAGUAGGAAAAGAUGUGCAUUCAUUUGCAUUUAUCAUGGACUCUGGGAACCAGCACUUUGAGUGUCAUGUGUUUUGGUGUGAGCCCAAUGCUGGCAGUGUGUCAGAGGCUGUUCAGGCAGCAUGCAUGUUGCGUUAUCAGAAGUGUCUGGUGGCACGCCCUCCAUCUCAGAAAGCCUGCUCACAGAUGCCCCCUGCUGAUUCAGUCACGCGCCGUGUCUCCACCAGUGUCAAACGUGGAGUUCUUUCCCUCAUCGACACACUCAAACAGAAGAGACCCAUCACUGAGCUUCCCCAGUGAUCUGACACACAUGCACGCACACUCACUGUCACACGCUCUGCAUGCUUAUAACAAUCACAAUGUUCUGUAUAUACCAGUCACAUAAUUGAAAUGAAGAGGAAGUCAAGGACGAAAACAAACAUGAGCUGGUGCCACAAAAAUAUACCCUUUAUUCAGAAACACACACCUGAUCCACUAACUUCUAUAUGUCAGUUGUGAGUAUCUGCAUGGGAAGCCACAUCUCUGAAGCAUGACAUAAAUCAGCAGGCUCCAUCCAGCUACAAAACACCGCCCUAUCUGGGCAAAGCCUGAUUGAAGUUCCUCAGCAGAGAUGACUUCAAUAGAAUGAAAGUUUGUGUGUGUGUGAUUCAAAACAAAUAUGGCUUCUUUGCCUCACCAGAGGUUCUUUGGUAUUGUGACAGUUAGUAACUGUAGCUGCAUGAUCAUAUGUGUGUGCGGAGUGUGUGUGUGUGUGUGUAGAGGAGCUUGAUGCUGCUUAAUUUGCUAAAGGAUGUUUGUACUUUAAGUGUCAUGAAACAACCUAUUUUUGUUACUUUCUAUGUUACACCCUUUAUUAUGAACCAGUUAGUUUUGGUCCUCUAAUCUGAUUGGAAAAGUGGUGUUCCAAGAGUGCUAAUAUUUAGUAUACACGGCACUGGGACGCUUCACUGUUUGUAUCACUCCGCUUGUCUGUGUUUGCAACAUUCUAGACAGGCUGUCAGUCUGUGCGUUGCUCGGCGACACGUAAGCCUGCUUUGGCUUCAUUUGGAACUAUUUUCAUUAGCGGAGCAAAUAUAGACAAAAUAACUGGCCAUCUUGUGUCUAAAAUGGAAGUUACUCGAUAUCAACUUUUUGUUUAUAAAACUGUUGUAUAAAACCGCUACCACACUUGCAUUCAUGCUGUUGUUCUGAAUAUCAGCUGAUUAUCAAUACAACAGCACUCCUGCUCGUGUGAUAUUGCUUUAAGGAAUAGUUCACCCAAAAAUGAAAAUUCUAUCAUCAUUUACUCACACUUAUGCCAUCCCAGAUGUGUAUGACUUUCUUUCUCCUGCA